AUGCAGCGUGGCACGCCGACGCUCGGUCUGCACGCGACCACCGACAUUGGCAACGUCCGCAAGACGAACGAAGACACAUAUGUGCUGGCGCCCAACCUUCUGACUCGCGACAAUGACGUCGCCGCAUCCCGGUCGCUGGUUGCAGUCUUUGACGGCCACGGGGGCCGCCGCGCCGCCGAGUACCUCGAGACCCACUGUGUCCGUGUCUUCACCGAGAGCGAGGCGUACGGCUGCGAUACAAAGGCGGCGCUAACAGCAACCUGCCAGCGCCUCGAUGCCGCAUUCCUCGCGCUCGCCGCCGACGGCGGCUCCUUUAACGAUGGCGCCACCGCGAUCAUCGUCGUCGUCGAACAACGACAUGACGCGUCCGUCGUCGUCACGACAGCCAACGUGGGCGACUCGCGCGCACUCUUGUGCCAUGUCAAGCAGCCGCCCGUCGCCUUGUCGGUCGAUCAAACGGCCGCGCGGGACGACGAGGCAAGCCGGGUGUACGCGGCGGGUGGCUUUGUCGCGUACAAGAACAAGUUUCGGCCGCACAUUGCGACCCUCUCGGGCGUGAAGCGGCGCUUGCGAGGGACAAAGGAAGCGUGGAUGCGGUCCCUCGGGCGACCGCUGCGCGUGUACCCCGGUGGCGUCAUGUGCUCGCGUUCGAUUGGCGAUCUCAACUGCAAGCAAUCCAAUGUGCUCAUUUCGGACCCCGAAAUCACCGAAAUCGAGCUCAGCACCGACCACGUAUGCGCCGUAAAAUGA